GGGUCUCGUCAACAUGGCGGCGCAAGGCACCUGCUCGGUCUCUUCACCAAACGCGUCUCCCACCUCCGUGUCGCCGCCGACCGCGCCCCUGCCCUCUACUGCGAUUUCGAAGUCGCCCCUGGAGUCGAAGGCGAGCUCUCUGAGCCCACAGCCUCGCUCGGCCGGCCACGAGGACUUGUUGCCCCUCGCAGUAUUUUAUGGGCCGCUGGACGCAAAAAACCCACUCCUGGCCACCUGUGAGAAGGAGAUUCAGGAGUUGCUAGGCUUCAUGAAGAGAAAGACGGCUUUAGCUACAACGGAAGAACAGAAAUAUGAGUUCCACCGGCUUUGUGCCACCUCUUUGUUUAAUAUCUGGACCAAAUACGCCCCCCGGCUGCCAGCUGCCUAUUACAACGAGAAGCUUCUGAAGGUUGGAGAUAGCCUUUGUGAAAUGAAAGAAUAUAAACUGGCCCUUUUGCAGUGCUAUGGCAGAUAUCUUCAGCAGUUCAGCAUCAACUUUGAUGAGACUAAAGCAGACGUGGAUCAAUUCAAAGCUGUCUUUUUCCCAAAAGGCUUUGGAGACAAAACUGCAGCACAUACAUUUCAUGCUUUAAAUGGCAAAAAUAUUUGCAACUACCAGUUGGUCUGUGACAGUGAUGUGAACCUGCGGAAUAAAGAUUCUGUGAUCCACUGUCUGCAAAUCUUGUCCUCCUUCAGGCUCAUCAUGCAGGCGGCUUUGCCACAGGAGCACCUGUGCUGGAUUAUCUUCAAUGGUACCAUUUACAUUUACACUAUUUGCAGAAAAUUGAUGAUCAGAGGUCAUUCUUCCAAGGCCUUGGAAUACCUCCUGUGGGCCAGUAUAUGUAUGGAGUCCUCAGUGCCUCUCCUGUCCGUCAGGUACUUGACGUGGAGAGCUACUCUUUACACAGCUGUCUGCCAGUGCUACUAUGACUGCCAAGCUGGUGUUCACGGAGAGGCAUUUGCUCGGCGUGCUUUAGCUAAAAUUGAUGAGUUACGGCAACUGGAAUUAAUGAGUUCCUCACAACCACAGGAAGAAUCCAGAGAAUAUUAUAGAGAGGCCACAAUAAAGAUGGCAGUCAUGAUCUUCAAAAGAGGAGUAUUUGAAUCGAGAAGAAAAAACAAAAGUUUCUUUAGACCAAAGAUAAGAGUUAACAUAAAGGAAGCACAAACUAUGCCAUGGCCACGUACGGUCACAGAAAAGCUGUUGGAGGAGUUGUUUGAUAGCACUGCUUCCCGCUUUCUGGCUGUCUUGGAAGCUCUCUCUGACUCAAAUCGGCGACUACUACAGACCGGACCUGUUUUUACAGAUGAAGUAGAAGUUCGUGAUGUUGUCUCAGAACUGUUUAUGGCAGGAAAAGAACUUUUAAUAAUGUCAAAUACUGGUGCAGAUGGGAUACUUGAUUUUCCAAAAGCACGUCUUCUGGAACUUAUUAUAAAAAGGAAGAAUCUUAUUUCUGUGAAUGCUGCCGUGAAAUUUAUAAAACUAGCUUUUAUGUAUGAGGAAUGGAGUUUAUUUGAAUCUGCAGCUGGGCAGCUCAUUGAUUUUCUCCAGAGGCAGGAUGACCCAGAGUCAAAGAAAGCAGAAAAGGAUUUACUUCUUCUUGUUGCGAUAGAACCUUUGAUCAAUGUGAAGAGAAACAAAGGUUUGAUCUUUCCUUUCGACAACUACAAAGAAGGUCAAGUCUAUGUAAAAAAAAUUGCUGUUCAUGAUACUUGUGUGAAGUCUUAUGGAUACUCAGAAGACAUUUUCCAUUUGGCAACAACCUUGUAUUCCUGUGUCUGUGACUCUCCACAGUGGAUUUAUCUUCUGUGGCAGAUAAAUGAAAUCAUUCACUGCUAUAAGAUGGAAGAUAUUGACGUUGUGAUGGUGGCAGAGGUCACGUUACGAUUAAGUGAAAUAUUGGAGUCUUUAGGAAACCCAAGAAGAAAAUUUAAAAAAUUUCUAGAUGUAUCUUUAAGGAAGGGGACUAGUGAAUUCCUUGGGGCUCCGAAAGGGAGCAUAGAUAUUCUUCCAAUAAUAAAGAAAAAACCUGAGGAACAGCUAUUUUUGGCCUAUGAACUUCUUGACAAAGCCAUUGGUAGCAUCAAUUUGAGCUGCACGUUAACCGCUUUGCCGAAUGGAUCAUCAGUGGUUGACCAUUGCUAUGCCACGCACACCCACUGUAUAGAUGGAGACAUGUGCAAACCAGUCACACCGAAUAAUUUCAUAAUGGACUUGCAUCUUGAGCUAAUUCAAGCCCAGCACCGAAUAUCUGUUAUGCUUCUUGACCAGUUGCAAGUUUUGCAGACUCCAACUGUGAGCAAAAGUACAUCUACCAAAGGUACAGAGACACUAAAAAAAACUGCAAGCCCUGAUUGUUUUACAGAAUUAAGUGUAAUGAAUAAAAUAAGGAAGAAUAAGCUAUCUAAAGCAAUUUAUUUGAUGCAGAAAACUCUUCUAAUGUUUGAGAACGAUGCAACCUGUUCUUCUCUACAGAACUACUUGACGGAAGCAUAUUCUUUGAUUGAGAAGACCGAAGCAGAACAAAGUAUACAAUAUUCAUAUCAGAAAUAUGUGGAAACUGCCGAAAGAAAGAAAAGCAGGGUCCCUCCUCCACCCAUCCUGCUGUCCCGAACUUACCGUUCUGUGACAUUAAAACCUGCCCCAUUUAUUUCUGAUGUUAAGGUCUGCUGGUACUGCAUUUUGGGUCGCAAAGCGGAAGGAAGCUAUGGAAAAGUAAGACUAAACAAUAAUCAUCUCCCAAACUCAGGAGAAGCGAUACCAGCGGAUGGCAAAAGCGUUUUUGAGGUAAAAGGUUUAGAAACCAAUGAAAAAUACGUCUUUGCAGUUGCGGCUUACUGUUCUAGUGGAAAGCUGAUUGGUGAUGCUAUUGGCGAGACAACUAAACCAAUUCUGAUUUAUCCACCUCUUUCUGCUGUUACUACUCGGAUGUUAUUGACGCAGGUCGCCUAUCAGACUGGUAACUAUGAUCUGGCUAAGAAAGUUUUCUCACCAGUCUGGGAUUAUUUUGUUGCUUCACCACCUCAGGGUGACCAAUCCAUUAUUUGUUUAAGCAAUAUAAUGACUAUUACACAGAGAAGAUUACAUUCAGAUAUUUUGGCAGAGAGUUCUUCAAUUCUCUUAUAUCUUUUUCUUAGAAAUAUUUUUGUAACAAGUGACAUUAAAAUUAAAGAAGAAAAUUUUUUCUGUGAUAAUAUUAAAGGCAAUGAGAUUUUCCCUUCUCAACAAAUUGCUAGGCUAAUUGAAUGUGAGAGAGUAUUGGUGGCAUUGGAACUGAGCAACUACCUAAAUGAUUCCAGUUAUGCCCUUCAGGCUGUGACUCAGUGUUACGGCCUCCUUGCUCCUAUCAUUUAUCACAAUAUUGUUUUGGUACCUGUUGUACAGAUCUUGAUAAAGUGUGUGGUGGUUUUGCAAGGACUACCAAAUGUCAUCCAGUCAAAGAAACAUCUUGCAAGCUUUGAAAGUGUACAGCAUAUGAUAGCUUGCUGUAUCUUCUACGUAACAAAGAUCCUGCGUUCAUGGAAGGAAUAUGACCUGGCAGUAAUGAUUAUAAAUUAUGGAAAAAAGGUGUUGGACAUCUCAUCAGGUUGCAAAUCUCUAUUUGGUACUACAGACCAAGAGGAAAUGCAAGAAGAGGCUUCUUCCAAGAAGUCUUGCAAGAAUAAGAAGCCACAGCAGGUAUUAGUACCUGAAAAAAUAAAUGAACAGCUGGUUUUAUUGGAGACACAUCUACUCAAACUGACAAAGCAAUAUAUUACAACUGAACUUUCAGGAGCAGAAGAUCCCAUAUUUCUCUACCCUAUAGUUUUAAACUGGUCGGUCAAAGGUGCUGUGAAAGAAGUGAUGAAAUUUAAGCAGAGACCUAGAUUCCUGGAAUUCUUUACACAAGUUAUGCAAAAAUGUAUGCAUGAUGAAAAAUUUCAACUUAUGGUGGAGAUAACAAAUCCCAUCUAUGACUUCUUGAAAAGGAGGAAUGAGUCCCUUCUCGGAAUGAAAAAAAUGAAAUACAAGGAUACUUCUUUGUCUAGAAAGGCCAUCAAACCUGUGAAGAAGUACAGAGCUGCAGUAGUGGAGAUCGGAAAAACUACAGAAAUGAAGCCAAAAAGAAAAUCUAAAAGAAAGGAAACUCUAAGAGAAUUUUUGAAUAAAAAUCCUUUUAUUUCUGAAAUGCCGGAGCAUGAAAGAAAAAAGAGAGCCGAUGUUCGAAAAGUAGCAUAUCAAUUCCUGGUGGAAAACUUGAAUCCUUUAAUAUUAAGUUAUGUUAAAAAGAAGAGGUUCCAUCAAAUAUUUCUUGAGGAGAUGCCCUGGAGAGCUCAGAUGAACCUGUAUCUGGCAAGCGCACACUUCAGCCUCCUUUUAACAAAGCUAGGGGAACAUACAAAGAUAAAAUUUGGUUCUUCACCGAUAAUGGUCAGUUUCCGAUCAUGUGACCCUACUAUGUUCUCACUGUAUAAUUCAGGAACAGUACUGCCAACAGGAAAAUUGACUCUAGAAAACUAUAAAGGGAUGCUUGAUUUCCUUCUUACAGCUAAAAAAAGAAAGGCUCACUUACCAUCAGAUGCUGAAGAAUUUUUGGCAUUUCUUAAUUCCAAAAUGAGUGAUGAAAAUGUUUCCAAGACCCAAACGGUUUAUGAAUCAGACUCUCAGUCUGGACUUAGCAGUAAAGAAAAGGAUCGAUCAGCAAAUGUGGGUCUCUUGGAUCAUUUUAUGAAAAUCUUUUUAUAUUGCAGGAGAGCAAUGGUUCUUGCUCACCGUGGUGGCUAUUGGACUCUGCUUCAGAACUGCUGUCGGGCCCUUUGGAACUUUACUCAGGAGCUACAAAUACUGCAUAAACAAGCAGUGGAUCUAUAUAAGACAUUUCCUAUUAGCCAGGAUAGUUUCCUCUGUAUCUCUGUUUUACCAUUCUAUUUGGGAGCAGAAUUACUUAUUGACAUGUUAAUAGAACUACAGAAUACUGAUUCUAUUGAGACUAUUGAUGAAAAAGGAGAGUUCAGUGUUCCGAGUUGCUAUGGAAAUAUUAAGAAUGAUAACGGUGGUUCCAGCCUUACCUUUGAGCAUCCUCUGGAUGACGUCAAUGUGGUCGAUUUGAAAUGGAUCCACGACUUUGUAUUAAAAUCUCUGGAACUUGUCUAUCAAGUAGAAAAAUGGGAAACACUCGUAUCACUUGCCAUUCAGUUUAAUACAAUUUCGCAUGAAAGAUAUACAGAGCAAGUGACUCCACUCCUGGUUUAUGCUCAGCGCCAGCUUCUACUGCAAAUAUCCAAGUGCAAGGGCCCAGACAUCAGCCAACAGGCUUGUGUAAGAUAUGAGGCUGAAUACAAACAGAAGAUAACCUGCCGAAAUUUCAUUGGGAUACAGCUCAAGAUUAAUCCUCCAGCCAAUAAAGUGACAGCUAUAGGACAGCGAACAGAUGUCCUUAAAAAGCUUAUCUCUUCAGAAUACAGCAGAGCCAAAGAGCUCCUCUGCGUGCCUGUGGACGUGACAGACACUCUGAGAUGUUUUAGAGAGACCUUGGAAAAAUCCAAAUAUCACAACAGAUCAAUCCGCCACAGCAGAAAGUUGCUUUCAUUAUUUCUCGCACAGACACAAGGAGACAAAGGAGGCGUGAACAAUUUGAAAUUUGCUCCUGGGAAGGUGGAGUUCUCCCUGGGGAUGGAAGAGAUGCACAUGCCGACGCCCCCCGACCUUUCUCAGGAGCACUUCCGAGUCUUCAGCUCAGUGGAGAAGAGCAGGCUUCCCUCCUCACAGCUCGGACUCGUGAUUUCUUCUUAUUAUGAAACUAUUAAUGUUCUUCAAACCAGCAAUCAAAGAAGUCUUAAUGUGCAGGCAUUGCAUGAACUUGGAAAUCUUCUCAUCUUCGCACAAAAGAAAAGGGCUGCUUUUAAGUGUUGGAGUCAAGCUCUGGAUAAUAUUUUCAGAAAAGAAGAUGUGCUCCAUACAUGGAAGGAGCUUGGCAGCUCGCUCACCAAUGCCACUGAUGGCCGGUCACCUCCAGGUUCCAAAGACUACAGUGAGGAGCUCCUGUCCAAAGGCGGCAUCUGGGGGUGUUUGCAGGGAGCGGUGAUAUCAGCAAAGAUAGCACAGUUUAUUCAGACAUUGGACGUUGGAAAGAGAACCAACUGCUGCCUUUUAUCAGCAUUACUCUUUCAGGGUCUGCUUAGAACCACACUGCCACAUCCUAAAGCUGAGCGUUGCUACGCUCAGUAUGAAAUCACUCAGCUUCUCCCGGGCAUCGAGCUCUUCUCAGACAGAUUCCGGGCUGACAUCUGCUCCGUCAUUGCGAGUCUGUAUUACGUCAUCCGCGAGCUGCACUUUGCUAAGCAAAAUCUAGUAAUUCUGCCUCUCCUUGCAUUGUACCAAUAUUUUGUUUCUGUAAUUUGCCAAGACCUAGUCAAAAAUCUGGAAGCAAGAAUCCUCAAGAUAGAAGUCCUUACAGAUUUAGGAUUCUUUUCUGAAGCCUUUCACGAGCUAUCCCAGAUAUUUUAUGCGAAAAACAUGCCUUCUUCAGUACCCACUGGCUGUAAACCUACUGGAAAAAUGAAGCUAUUUCAAUCAUUUGACUCGGCAAAACCUCUUAUUAGUAAAGAAAAUAUUCAGGCACUUGAUGAUUUAAUAAAUAAAGGCAUGCCUCUAAUUCUGGUUACAAUCAGCCAGCAACAUCUCUUAAAUAAGUUUUUGUUUGUUAAAGCAUACUUUUUCAUAAAUGUGGCUGCAACAAUAAAUUGUGUCCCAGAACAGAAAAUGAAACCAGUCAGCCAUGGAGUUAUGAAUGAGAAAAACAGACCAAAUCUUCCAAACUUGAAAGAGUUGUGUUUAAAGGACGAGGGAGGCUCACUUUGUCAUCUGACAAAAUUGAAAGAGAACUUUUCUCUUAGCACACUAAAGUCAAUUUUACUGAGAGAAGCUGAAGACAAGCUCAACACCCUUCUGUCAGAGAUGGAACAUCCAGGCCAUAAGGACCUCUCUCAGUGUUCUGCUGGCGAGCUGGAGGUCGUGGUGGAGGCCAGACUGCAGCUGGCUGCCGUUGCCCUGCAGAGACACCGGGCCGCGUACAGUGCUGCGAUAGUAUUUUCCACACUUAAACUUCUCCAGGAUUCAAAACUUUUUAAAAAGAAGGUAGUAGAAGAUGACUCAGAGAAUUGCACCUCUCCAGGAAGUUGUGCGACUGAAAGUAAAGACGACAAUUUUUUAGAUCCUAUUUCCCUAAAUUCUCGAGAAUAUUUCAACAUUCAUCUGUGGUUGAGGUGCCGCUUAGCCUUGGUUACUGCAUUUGUUGCCCAGAUUCGUGGCAUUGGAAUCGUGAAAGAAAACGAUAUAACAGAUUAUGUGAGCCUUAUCAAUGAAGUAUGUGUGGAGGCAAAAGCUGCAGGUGACAGGGAGCUGCAGGCUGAAUUCUUGAUGCAAGCUGUAAUUAUCGGCCUACAAGAAAAGCAUUUAAAGGCAGACAUCAUAAAAAGCCUUCAGGAGGUAAUACAGUUGCUUGAAGGGCAUGACUUUAUUUCUCCUCGAUCUCAUUUAACCUUGGUGAGAAGCAUGCUUUUGCUGGAUGAUUUAACAAAAGCUGAGAAAUUCAAGGAAACUCCUUCUUCGAAAAUAGAAAAAUUGCAUUUGUUGACUCAGUCUCACAGCAUUCUUAUAGAACAGAUGAUAAGUUUUGGAGAAACAAUUGAAUUGCCUUCAUCAAACACUGACUAUGCAAGUCCAGUACUGCCUUUGAAAAAUAUUUAUCUUCCUCAUGUCAUGUUAUUGGCCAAAACAAAAAUGAGAAUUGGACAUACAGUGGCCAAGCAAGUAUAUUAUACCAGUAAAAAGAAGGAUUCUUCAAAGUGGUUACCUGCCCUUCAUUUUUUUGAAAUAGCUUUGAAGCUCGCUAGGGCAUCAGGAACAGAAGAACAUGAGGUGGAAGCUGAAAUCUUUUUUCAGAAAGGCAAAAUAGAAUGUCAAAUAUUGAUGGAAGAGAAACCUCCAACUUUGCAACUUGAGAGUCUGUUUGAAGCUAUACAGCUAAGCUUGAGACAUGAUCAAAAUUCAGGGUUGAUAAGAGACUCCUACCUUGAAAUAGCCUUAUUAUUUUUACACAUGAGGAAGUCAAAGAGCAAACUUUCAGUGUCACCAUUGACGAUUAUUAAGGCUCUUCCCAGAAGGCAUAGUUCUAUUAAAGAACCGAUAAUAAAUAAGCAUGAAAUGUACAGUUCAUUUGCCUGGAUUGCAAUAAGAGCUGCUGCACAGGUCAGUGAGGCUGUGCUGGCAAUUAAUCUACUUAUUGGAAAGAAGAAUGCUAGAACUGAUAAAGUUAGCCAAGGGGCAUUAUCAAAUAUCCCAGAAUUUGCUUCCAUGGAUCUUUUGUCUUCAUACACAGAUUAUUUACUUGAUAACUACCAAGUUGUCUUCCAGAGUGGCUGUACAUUUUCUUACCUUAGUGAAGAGGUGUAUGAGGAUGUAGAUUCUCAGAAAAAAAACCCAAUUAAAGUGGAUAUUACAUGGAUUCUUCUGCUACGCUACUAUAUUCACCUACAAAGAAUUAAUAAUAUGAGCAAAUUGCUAGCAUCUCUGAAGCCAGGAUCUGGGAUGUCUUUGCCAGAUGACACUCUUCUCACUUCUCUUUUUAACUCUGGAUUGAUUUUGCGCCAAAAAGAAAUGCAUUUUUUCCUUAAAAGAUUCUUACAGCUAUAUUCUUCUUCUUGUAUUGAUGAAUUUCCAAAAGAACUAUUUCAAGUCAUGGAAAAUCCACCUAUUCUAGAAAAUGUCUUAUAUGAUUCAGCAAGCAAGACAGGAGUAACUGAUGCUUCUCUACACUCUGAUUUAUCAUUAAAGACCAUUACCAGCACAUUGUAUAGAGAUGUGAUACCAUCAGUUGUGGCAACACAAGCUUUAAACAAAGAACUUUGCUUUCAGUGGUACCUUCCUCCCUUGGUAAAACCUCCAAAGGAAACAGAACCUAUGGUUUUAUUGUUGUAUGCAUAUAAUAUGAAGCCUCUGAAUAUUUCUGAUGUUACAUCUACUGCUUGCAACAAUGUGUAUGUAGGCUCUUUCUGGGUUCCACUAAAAAGAGUUAUUUCAGUUCAUGAGAAACUAUCUAAUCUUGCACAAAUUGCUGAAAUAUCAUUGCCAACAACUCCUAAAGUUACUUCAAAUGAAAAUUUACGUGAAGUAGAGGAAACAGAAGAGCAACCAGUUGAUGCAGAAAUGGAAAACAUGAUUAUUGUCUGUUGCAAUGAAAUAGUAUCUUUGUUUUUGAGUAAUGAAAUGGCAACUCCACUAUCUGAGGUCCCAUUUGAUGUCUCGCUACCAUCUAUAUUCAGUCUGGAGAGACUUUUUGAUCUUGCUAGUGGCUGUAUCAUAUCGGGAGGAAGCCUUUUCAACUGGAUGGUGUCAAUUAUUCCCUGAACAUCCUUUGUACGUUAGCCUUAUAAAGGGAUUGUUAUUGCUUUACUUGGUUUGUAAUAAACUUUCAGAGCUAUCCUCUUAUACUAAGCAAAAUAAAAUUGCUUUUUUACACAAGCUAA